AUGCCGGGUUUGGCUGAAAACACGCCGUCUGUGCUACGAGGGGAUAUAGUGCAAGUGCUAUUCGCGGGCAAGGUGGAUGAGGGCAGGGUCAUGCAAGUACACUUAGAAGACAUAGACAUAGACAUGUUUAAAAUGGCGAAUCUAUGCCUUACCGGUGCGAAGGUUGAUGUCCGGUUCGUGGCUGGGAGAGGGGUAGUGCGACUAGGCUAUCAGGGCGUAACAAAAGCAAACAACAUACCAUAUCUGAUCUUCCCUCUUCCGGAAUUAGCAGAUGACGACGAAUACGGCAGCACACCGCCAAUCGAGGCAAGCGAUGACUCGUACUUCAUCAACAGAAACUUGAAUGAGCCGCAGAAAGCUGCUGUGUGCAGUAUACUGCGCGGGAGAUGCCGGCUAUCGCCCAUGAUUGUAUUUGGUCCUCCUGGCACAGGCAAAACCACGACGUUGGUGGAAGCGAUUCUACAAUUGGCGAAGGGUACUGCAACGACUGAGCCUCGCCGAGUGCUGGUAACCGCACCCACAAAUGUGGCGUGCGAUGUGAUCACCGAGCGCUUGGCAGCCCUGAACAAGUCCCAGCUCUUCCGACACAUGGCCUUCACUCGCAACCCCAAGGCCGUUUCGGCUGUGGUGGGCGGGUACUGUCACUACAGACCUGAUGGGGCGGGAUAUGAGCCAAGAUCACUGAGAGACUUGCAGAGCUACACUGUGGUCGUGGCCUCGUUGAUGACUGCGGCCAAGAUGUUCAACUAUGGCUUCGAGCGUGGGCAGGCUACCGAGCCCGAUUUACUGGCACCGCUGUCGACAUUAGCGGAUAGAUAUACUACUGUGGUGCUGGCAGGAGAUCCCUUGCAGUUGGGACCCGUAUUGCACUCGUAUGAGGCGAGUGAGUAUGGCCUGUCUGUGUCUAUGCUUGAGAGACUGAUGAGGCUACCGCAAUACUCCAAGCGCAAGGCCACUGUGGAGAGAGAGUCGAGCACUCAGCCAUGGGGUACCUGCGCUUGUGCAACUGAUGUCGAAUACGAGUGCAAUCCAGAGGGCAUAAGCAUAGCUGAACCCUACUCAGAGGAAGACUCCGCACUCUCGCCGAUACACAAUUCACCGGCACAGACACACAAGCUGUUCUACGACAACGAAUUGAUCGCCAAAGCGAGUAAGGCCGAGUCUGCAGCUUUUGUGGACUGGGAAUGGCUGCCCAACAAACAGGUGCCGCCGAUCUUCCACGGUGUAGCGGGGAAAGACCGUCGAGAAGCCGACAGUCCCUCGUGGUUCAAUGCGGACGAGUGUAUGGUUGUUCUGGAUUAUGUGAAGAAGAUUCUGGACACCAAGAAAAAUCGCACACAGCCGCAUCAGAUCGGCAUCAUCACACCCUACGCCAAACAACGCCAGAAGCUCGAGCGAUUGCUGCGCACACGCAAUCUGCAGAAGGUGCGUGUGGGUACCACGGAGAUGUUCCAGGGCCAGGAGUGUCGAGUAAUCAUCAUCUCAUGCACCCGGUCUAGCAAGGACUAUAUCAUGUCAGACCAGAAGUACAAGAUAGGGUUCCUGGCGAAUCCCAAGCGGUUCAACGUCGCCACGUCGCGAGCUAAGGCGCUGCUGAUAGUUGUGGGGAACCCCUUUGUGCUGGCAUGCGAUCCGCACUGGGGGACUCUUCUGCACGACAGCGUGUCUAAAAAAGCUUACACGGUUGUGCCUUACAAUUUCCCGACGAAAGUCAAGGAAAGUUCGGUACAAAAUGACCCGAUAACAGAAGCUGACGAUCUGGCGACACGGUUGCGCAAGCUCUGGUUAACCCCUAAGGUAGGAGAAGCUGCAGGCGAUGCGGAUCCGGAUGUCGAACGGGAUAGAGUGGAGGAAACAGGUAUCAGUGCCCCUAGGGAAGAGUAG